AUGAGCGACAUCAGUGACAGUGACGCUGUCCCCCACGGGACGGCGGUCAUAACGCUGGUGAAGCCCCCCAAGCUUACGAGCUUCUCCCCCGAGUUUCUGGUCGAGUGGACCAAGAAGUGGGAGAAGUUCAAGCGUGACCUGAAAGAGGAAUGCACGCGGACGAAGCGAGACUACACGUCCGCUAUACCGUCCAUCCGGUCGCUGGCAGAGCCGGCAGACCUGCUCGAUGACAUGAUCGAGUACUGUUGGCAUGUUACGGAAGAUGUAGCUACGGACGAAUUCGUCUUGAAAAAGAUGGAUGAGAUCCUUGCGAAACCUCUUAACAACGCCAUCCCAGACGCUGAAAAUGCGUUGUCGACCCUGAAAUGGGACCUCGACGAAAAGGACGUGUCCAUGAGAGUGGUCCGCUUCCUGGGAGGGGCAAGAAGACUCCUGAAGGAAAACGCACUUCUGGGCGACCUGGAAGGAAAUAGUCGACGUAAAAAGAUUAUUUACAUCCUCAUCUCCAAGGUGAAACCAGGCGUCUUGCGAGAAACCUUGAGACAAAAGGUGGAACGCAUAUUGGACGAAAACCCUACGUUCGGGCUUACCGACCUAUCCAAGGAGCUCAUGGAGCUUGCCCUGGAAAACCAAAGAGCAUUUGACGCUGCAAAGCGCAAUGCCAAGAAGCCCACUCCUGAAAAACGGAAGAUGGAUGAUGACUUGUCAUCUGGAAGAGACACCAAGCACGUCGCGAUCACGACGGAGGCAAAGGUGGUGACAAAGGUGGCGGUGAUGCUGGAGGUAACAACCCUCCACCUGCCGGAGGAAAGCCUUCCGCCAGUGACAAGUCUCCCUGGAAAGGGAACACGGGAAACGACCGACGUGACUAUCGCGGAGGUCGUGGCCGUGGACGCGGUGAUGGUGGACGAGGCCGAGGAAGAGGCCGACCACACAACCGAGGACAAUACAACGCGGAGCCCGUCGACCGAGACGCUGGCUACCACGUUGAUACUUCUGAACCAAAGAAGGAUCAAGUCAAACGAACUGCGACCCCAUGGGCGCGAACGCAGCAGUCGAACCCUGAAAAACGGGUGCAGGCGAAUGAGCCGGACGGAGAGCGUGAGCCCGCUGCAACUGGGCGCGCAAAGGCGCGGACAGUUUCGAUAG